AUGCUAUACGAGCUAAUAGCAAUUGUCCGACCAGGCAACCUGGGCGAAGUAAAGGAAAUCGCCCAGACAGUCGGCUCCCUCGUCCUCCGAAAUGGCGGCGUCGUCCGCGGCCUCGACAACUGGGGCAUCUUCUCCCUCCCCAAGCCCAUCUCGGUGCACCAAAUGAAGCACACACACGGACACUACUUUGUCAUGCGGUACGAUUCGUCAACCAAGAUUCACCAGGACGUGCGGACGACGCUGCGCCUAGAGCCCCGCAUGAUCCGCUCGGCGCAUGUGAAGCUCGGCGAUGGCAAGCUAAGCACCUUGUCGAGAUUUGGGGAGCCAAAGUGGAGGACCCAGGGCAGUGAGGCGUGA